AGUUAUGGCAGUCGAUGUAAUGUUACAAACGGAGGGAAAGGAACGACAUAUGCAUCUUAUACAUCAUAACGAUGAUGUAAUAGAACAAGAACUGAGACUACGACAGCCGAAGCAUAAAAGAUUGGAAUAUGUCGCAGGUUGGAACAUUCAUCAACUCGUGAAAGACGCCAGAAAAAGUCGGCCGAAGUUACACACACGUGACGGAUUCCAUCUCAAAUCUUCAUUCUCUGACGUCAGUUCUUUGUUCGAACACGGUUCAACUUAUUCUUCAAUGAGGGGAAGUACCUCGACCAAAUCAUCCAAACGUUCGUCCAUCACAGCCGUCACAUCGACGACUUUAAGCACAAAGUUCAGAUUUUAUGAUAUGUUACGGUUUCACCCGGUGCAUGGUUCGAACGUAGUUCUCUCCUGUGACCGACAAGUUGCUUCAAGAAAACCGGACAGUUUCUGCAACGGUUUGGUUUUCGGUCAUCGUCCCGUAAAAUUUGGUGAAGCUAUUCAUCUUCGUUUUAACAAGGUUCGGCCAGAUUGGCGAGGUUGUAUUCGUUUAGGUUUUACCCCUUACAACCCAGCACGGUGUAACUCAGCUUCCUUACCAAGUUAUGCGGUGCCCGAUUUAUCUCGAAGAUCAAGAUUCUGGGCAAUCCCGAUCCCCGAGAAGUAUGCAACAAAGUAUAACAUAUUUUCCUUCGUUUGCAAAGAUGAUGGUUCUGUAAGCUUCAUGAUAAACAACGAAGGCAAAGGUAUUUUUGCGACUGGUUUAAGCACCAAAAUAUCAUUGUGGCCGAUGCUGGACUUGUACGGGAAGGUUGAAGAACUGGCGAUCGUUGAUGACGAAACGGCAGAAAGGGGUUCAGAGUUACUGCUUGAUUCAGACUGCGAUGAUAGUGACUCUGAAACUGAUGGGCAUUUCGGACGGAAAACAAAACGAAGCAGUCUUUCGAAGUCUUCGGAAAACGUUGUGGCGUUUCAUGACACAUGUGGACGUAAUGUGCGCAUGGACAGCAGAAGAACGGUCGCAAAACGCUUCGAUUCGUUUUGGAAUGCCCUCACGUUUAUUGCAAAGCCUCUGCGUACGUCGGAUAUGACUUUUAUUGAGAUUGCAAAAGUGGAAGCAAACUAUGCAGGUGCGCUUGGUGUUGGGCUUACAAACGUAAAUCCAGCGACGUUGAAAAGCGAAGACUUACCAGACAAUGCGGAUCUGCUUGUAGUAAGCCCUGGUAAAUACUGGAGAAUUUCACGAGAUAUUGAAACGGAGCAAGGCGACCAGCUGGGUUUUAUAUUGGAACCAGACGGUAGAAUGGUUUACAGCAAAAACGGUUCCAAACAUAAGGUUUUGUUUGACAAGAUUUCAACCAAAGAACACAACUGGUUAAUAUGUGAUCUUUAUGGCAGCACUACCACAGUCAAACUAAUGGGCCGCAUAAAAAGUUUCGAUCCAAAACAGGAAGUGACGGAAAAAUACAACUUCUCCAUAGAUCACGUGCAGGACGAAGAAACUGAACUUGAAUGUCUGAUGUGUUUCAAAAAAGACAGACGAAGGGAUUGUACAAUUCAACCGUGUGGUCAUAUCGCAUUGUGUCAUUGGUGUGCCAUUACUUGUAUGGUGAAGCAACAAUUACGGUUUAUCGUGUGUCCUGUGUGCGGUGGUCCUGUUAAAGACGCAAUUCGAAUUCUACGUCGGAAAUCUUUUGCUGAACCCGUUGAAAGUUAGGAAUGUGUUUCCAUGAGAAUAUGCAGUUUCCAGUUUCAAUGAUGUGAGCAAAAUAUUUUUAAUGAUAUUGAAACCUUGGACAUAAAGACUUUGCGUUGCUAAUAACUGCGUUGCUACAACUUUUUCCUAGUCACGUAAUCCCCAGGCCGGUGUCGUGAAAUAUUUGUUCCGAUUUAUAUGUUUGUACCGGGUGCUAUUGCGCAUGUGCCGAGACGCUACCACUCGGAACAAAUACAAUGACCGCCGGUCCAAAUUUAUUACGACCCUCCUUGAAAACGUUCCAGACAAGAUGUUUACACGUUAAAACUGGAGUUUCAAAUUUAAAGUCAUCAGAAUGAGUUGGUAUGUUGUUUGUUGCCUAGAAAAAGUUUAUGCUAGUUCAAUAACACAUUUUAAUUUUUUACGGCGCUGGUAAACCAAAGGUGAUUCUAGAAUACAAAAAUUAUAGCGGCAACUUUCAGUACCUUCUACGCGUGGUAUAACAUAAAAUUUGGGUAGUGUACUAACUAGACCCCAGCGGUACCGAUUCUAAAAUAAAAUUUUAAUAAUAAUAAUUAAAAAAGAUGUUUAUCGAUCCAGCUUUGAAUUUGUUAUAGCGCUACGUAACACCUAAAAAUGAAUCCCCAGAACUUUUAUUAAUCGGUACGUAUUUAUUGGAGCUCGUAUUGUAUUUGUUCCGAGCUACUUAUGCGCAGUACCGUCUCGGCACAUGCGCAAUAGCGCCGGGUACAAAUAUAUCAAUCGGAAUGAGUAUAUCACGACACCGGAAUUUCUACCACUGACAUUUUGUCCCGUACUUUCUUAACAUGGAGAACAUUUCUGGAUUUUAUCAUAUAUAAGCACUUGCAGAUUAUGUUUUUAUUAUAUUUGUGUAUACAUGCAAACACCUUUGUUAUAUGGGAUGGUAUAGUGGGCUCUGAA